AAUCUGUCACUAGUGUAAGUUGUGUAAAUAAGAUUUAUUUUGCUAUUUGCUUGUACAUCAGUUUUCUUGAAUAAAUUGUUUUGUGUUUUGCAUAGAUCAAUCCUCCAACUACGGUGUUUUGCGGUUUGCGUUGUGUGUUUCAUGCCUAUGUUUUAAAUAAUAACAGGUUCUGUACUAUUUUAAACCGUGAAGUGUGAACUACGACAGUCUUUGACGAAAGACUUGAUAUUUAUUAUUCUUCUUGAAGUUUCCAUGCUGUUAAAACAAGGAUGGAUGAUAGCACAUCAAAUUUUGUUCUGUAAAGCCGCUGGGAGAAGAUCUCGCGGCUGGCGCGAAUUAUGACGCGCUUCCGACAUAUCAGGUAUUAAAUUUGUGUAUAUUUUGAGUGCUACUUUAUUAUGUUUAUAACUUGAUUUGGUGAUUUGGCAGAAAUUCUUUUUCAAUUUGUGUUCGACUCCAAAGCUAAACGUUUUCCUAAAUCAUAUACAUAUAUAUCUAUAUAUAUACAGCGUGACUCAGGAAGAAUGGAUAAUCCUGGAGCGCCUAAUAGUAUACGUAUCAGGCGCUCAAAUGAAAAUACAAAAAAAAUAUAUAUUCCAAUCGGUGCCAAAAAUAUAGGGGUAUUAAAAAUAUGUUUUUAUUGACCUUACUGUACUUUCAUGUAUGUACAUCACUGCGGCAAAUUAAUGAAAUUCGUUGCGUUUUUGGUGUUCUCUUAUUCCUCACAGACUAUUCUAUUAGAAGUGCAGUAAAGACUAUGACUAUAUAUUGUACUUUUGUAAAAAAAAAAAUUCAAUUUUUAGCAUGAAAUUUUAACCAACUAUUUCAAAAUAUGCGCAGUUAAUAGUUUACAAAAUGGUAUUAUAAUCAUCAUUCAUCAUUACAGCCCUUCACAAGUCCACUGCUGAACAUAGGCCUCCCCCAAAGAAUGCCACAAAACACUGUCCUGAGCCACCUGCAUCCAUCGACUUCCUGCAUGUCUUACCAGGUCGUCACUCCAUCUCGUGGGGGGACGCCCUACACUUCGCCUACCGGUACGAGGCUGCCACUCGAGAACCUUUCUUCCCCAUCGGUUGUCGGUUCUUCGAGCUAUAUGGCCGGCCCACUGCCACUUCACACACUGUCGGUCACUCUGGUUCUACUGCGGAUAUCCUCAUUCCUAAGUUUAUCACGCAGAGAAACUCCGAGCAUAGCCCUCUCCAUAGCUCGCUGAGCGACCUUGAGCUUCCUCAUACGGCCAGCAGUGAAGGACCACGUCUCAGUUCCGUAAGUCAUCACUGGCAACACGCACUGGUUGUACAAUUUCGUUCGAGAAGAUGUGUCGUAGCUUCCCGAACGCUGCCCAGCCGAGUUGAAUCCGUCGAUUGACCUCUCGGUCGAAGUUGGACUUACCCAGUCGGACUAUUUGUCCCAGGUAAACAUACUCGUCAACAACUUCGAGCUUAGUGUUCCCAACAACUAUCGGCAUAGGUGUGACAUGGACAUUAAACAUGAUCUUAGUUUUGUCCAUGUUCAUCUUAAGACCUAUCCGUUGGGAAACACUAUUGAGGUCAUUGAGCAUAGUGCUUAGGUCCUCCAGCGAUUCUGCCAUAAGGACUAUAUCGUCGGCAAAUCGAAGGUGAGUGAUGUACUCGCCAUUGAUGUUGAUACCGUAUCCUUUCCAGUCCAGAAGCUUGAAAACGUCUUCCAAUGCAGCGGUGAAGAGUUUCGGGGAUAUGACGUCACCCUGUCUUACACCUCUCUGCAAUUGAAUAGGUUUCGUACUCUGGUUCUGUACUCGGAUAGCCAUCGUAGCCCUACUGUACAAGCACUUCAACACUUCGAUAUACCGACAGUCAACUUGGCACCGCUGAAGGGACUGCAGCACCGCCCAAAUUUCGACGGAAUCAAAGGCUUUCUCAUAGUCCACAUACGCCAGACAUAGUGGCAAAUUGUACUCUUCGGACUUCUGUACAACUUGCCGAAGGGUAUGUAUGUGGUCUAUGGUGCUAAAGCCCUUUCGGAAACCGGCUUGUUCGGGAGGCUGGAAGUCGUCAAGUCUGCGCGCGAGACGAUUCGUAAUGACUCUCGAAAACAGCACGUAGACGCGGCUCAGAAGGGAAAUCGGUCUGUAGUUCUUCAAGAGAGCGUUGUCACCUUUCUUGAGAACAAGACCACCGCACUUCUGCUCCACGCCUGCGGUGUAAUGCCACCAUGGAGGACGGAAUUAAAGAGCUUCUGUAGGACUUCAAGUACCGGUCUUCCACCCGCUUUCAGAAGCUCCGCUGUAAUUCCAUCCUCGCCUGGGGCCUUACCGUUUUUAAGGUGCUGGAGAGCCAUCCUAAUCUCGCUCAGACUGACAUCCGGGAUAUCUUCGGAAUAGUGUCGGAUGAGACUCGCUCUUGGAUCGUUACUCACACUUGCGUGUGGCUCCAACGAUGAUGUGUACAGCUGCCCAUAGAACCUCUCAAUCUCACUCAAAAUCUCAGGUGUCCCGGAAACGAUGCUGCCACAUUCUGUCUUCAGCUUUGACAGUUGGCUCUUUCUGGCAGACAGAUCUCUGGCAAAGACUUUGGAGCCUUGGUUCCGCUCGAUCGCUUCUUCAAUACGAGCUGUAUUGAAGUUGCGUAAGUCCCGCCGCAUGCAUUUGGAGAUCUGUCUGUUCAGAUGCCUGUAUGCUGUCAAGUCUGUUGAAGAAUGUAGCUUCAUCUCCCGUCUAACAGCCAUGAGAUUAAGAGUGUGAUCGGAGAGCUUUUGUGUUCUUCUGCGGCGGGUCUUGCAGAACUUAGCUCCAACCGCAUGGACAGUUUCCACGAGCUUGUCAUUCAUAUCGUCCACUUCAUUGCAGUCUUCUAGGCACUGAAAACGGUUUUGUAACUCGAGCUGAAAGGUUUCGGGACUUUGAAACAGAGCACGAGGGGGACGGAGCGUUGACUUCAUUAGACGAGACCUCUCCAACUUAACGUUUAGGUUCAGUGUGCCUCUAACCAUUCGGUGAUCGCUACCAGUUUUCACCCUCGCGAUCACGGAGACAUCACUGAACAGUUGUCGUCUGGUCGUCAUAAUGAAGUCAAUCUCAUUUUUUGUGGAACCGUCGGGGCUCGACCAGGUCCACUUCCUGUGGGGCCGCUUCUGGAAGAAAGAGUUCAUCAUAAAGAGUCCCUCUUUCUCCAUGAAGUCGGCCAGCUGCUGGCCCCUUGGGUUCCGUUGCCCUAUUCCAAAUUUCCCUACUUUCAGCUCACCGUUCUCUCUUGUGCCUAGUUUUGCAUUGAAGUCUCCCAUUAACACCGUAUAUUGGGUUUUGGAGGAAUGCAUGGCUCUAGAGAUAUCCUCAUACAUUUCCUCCACCUCCUCAUCGGGGUGUGCCGAGGUUGGUGCGUAAACCUGUAUGACCUUCAGCGAAUACCGUUUGGUGAUUCUGAGUAUAAGGUACGCAACCCUCGUCGACACACUCCCGAUUUUUACAACGUUGUUAACGAGAGACUUGUGGACGAUAAAUCCGACACCUCCUUGGGACAGAUGGUCGCCCUCCCGGUGAUAGAGCAAGUUGCCGGAUUCGAGGAUUACCGUGUCCUCCCCCUCUCUUCGGACUUCAGAUAAUCCUAUAAUAUGCCAGCGCAACUUGUCUAUCUCUUCUUCCAGCUCCACGAUCUUCUCGUCAGUCCUCAGGGUGCGUGCGUUGUACGUUGCCAGGUCGAGUCGUCUAAGGUGGCAACCGAACCUCCACCGGAGAUUCUUAGCACCCCCUGCCCCGCCGUUACCAUGGUCGCCACCGUAGCCAGGAAUAGCGGGGCCGCCGGGGACUGGGGGCCGUUUUUUUGUUGCUCUCAUCAUUGGGGGGUAUUUGCCAUAGUUGCCACGCUUGGCGAGCGGGUUGGCAACCGCAGUUUUUUUAUUGUCAUUUGGCUAUUAUCAGGAAGAUGCUGCUGCCCAUCUCCUGGCUGUUUCCCUUUGUCGCCUUUUACGACACCCACGGGAGGAUAUGGGGUAGUGGAUAUUCUUGACCGCCACUACACGGCAUAAUACAUAAUUUUAUCUAACGUUAACAUGCAAAAAGAAUAAAUUCAACUG